AUGCCUAUCGAACCCAGAACUAACGACUAUGUCGACGGCGGCAAGUGGCUCGAUGCACCAGGUAGCGCUCUCGAGUCUGGAAUCUAUGCCCUAGCCAUGGCAAUGGCAACCGAGCCCCAUGUCACUGGCCCCCCAGACUGGUCUACUGGUACCCUCGAAAAACGCUACUUGGAUGCUCUACACGACAUUCAGUCUCAGUACCUCGGAUUCGACGACGAAAACUACCUCCUCAACGAUAGCGAUCUCACCGACAUUAUCGUGCGCUGGGAAAGAAGAUACAAGGAUACUUACGAUCUGUAUAUCGACAACGAGGACGACAUCAAGCCAGCACAAGUCAGCGGUGAUUCCGCCCUGGAUGCAAAGGUUAUCCUUCUGCGCUGCCACAACCGUCGUUGGCAGGCUUGCUGCUACUUUGGCAAAAAUGGCAGCUCUGUCAGCGCUCCUCCUGAAGGCUCGUCUCCCAACCAGCGUUCUGCACCACAGUCUUCUGCCACCAGCAUGGGCGAUCAGACAUCCAGUGGUGAGGCUGCUACCACACCAGAGAAACAUGACAACUCCACCAAUGAUGUCAACGGUACCUCCAGCACCAUUGAAUUGACGAUUGGAAAGCUCACCAACACACUCGAGGGAUUGGUCACUGCCGUCGAAAAGAUCGCCCUCGCCGUCGAUGCUCGCCAGAAAUCUGAGGGUAGCCUUCGCACCGCCAUUGAAAGUCUCAUGCUUCCAUUAGACAAGGUUGCUCAGAAGCAAGCUCGACGUUCACCCCACGAAACUACAGACAAGCAUGACUCCAAGACCAGUACUGAGUAUGACCUUCGCGUGAACACACCUUCGACCGUACGCGAUACUGUCACAGCGGAGUCUGUAUCGAGUCUGGAUGAUUGUGGUAGCGACCUUGCCUCAGCUUCUCACUCAGACUUCAUGGACUAUGAUGGCAAUUUCGACAACCACGGUGUGAAUGAUUUGGACGGACGGAUUGAGGAAAGAAGGGAGAGUCUAAUCCCAUGGUACACACCAAACGCAACGGUACGAGUCCACUCGAACGAUGGGUUAUGA